CAACUACCAGCCGCAGAAGUCUACCCCGAUGCAAGUGCCUCUCGAAAGCGUCGCGCAAGCUCCGAUCGAUCAGCUGUCACAGCACCGUACAGGCUUCUCUCCUCGGCAUCGCCGAUCUCGAAUCCACACGUCCCCGAGUUUUCCAUCCAGCCGAGACAAAAAUCGCGACGAAGUUAAGAACCGACCGAAAAAAGACAAAACAUGCGUCGAGUGUUCGCGAACGUGCGGCGAGUGAGGCUCGAAUCUCUGCUUGUCUCGAGAGUUUCGCGCGAAUGAGCCUCGUCGGGGAUAGCGCUACCGCAGGAUCUCGCAUCAGCUGGUGCAGGAGGCGAGGAGAAGGAGGAACAGGAUGAUUCUGCCGUCGUCGGGUGGCCUCGACUUCGAUGCGGGCUCCGGCAGAGAGGGUAGCUACUUUGCUCUCCAACCCUCUAAUCUGAGCUCACCGAGCUCCGAUGAGGUCGCCGGCUCGCACUUUCUACGGGAGCCUUCGCUCGAGCACGACAGAACCAGCCUCUGUCCUGGGCUCUUCUAUUAUUACUGGCAUAAACCAUGUCUAACGAAGAAACGCAUGCUGAUCGGUGGCUUCAUACUCGCAGGCCUUCUAUUGAUCGUAAUACUAGCGUGCAGUUUAUCCGGUCGAAGUGGCCAGAGCAACCGGGAAUUCGUUGAGCUUGUGCCGCCAGACCCAGAACAGCCACUGCCACCGUCUUGGAGCAAGCUCAGAUCGUUUAAACAUGGAGCCGUUUGUGCAGAUGGCGAGCCUUGUGCUCUUAUUGGCAAAACCAUACUUGAGCGUAACGGAUCAGCCGUCGAUGCGGCUCUUGCUGCUCUCAUUUGCAACGGGCUAAUUAACAUGCAAAGCAUGGGCUUCGGCGGUGGAUUCAUUAUGACAAUUUAUGAAAAAGAGAGUAAUCGUGCUGUGAUUUUAAAUGCUAGAGAUGCUGCUCCAGGAGCGGCACACGCCUACAUGUAUAACGGAACCGUCGCUCGCGCGUCACAGGCUGGUCCACUGGCAAUAUCAGUUCCUGGUGAGUUGGCUGGCUACUGGGAAGCUCAUCAAAGAUUCGGCAAACUGCCAUGGGCCGAAAUUUUCAAACCGAAUAUCGAACUCUGUGAGAAAGGAUAUAACUUGACGAACAUUCAGUACGACGGUCUUCUUUCGAAUAAAACCAAAAUCUUUCAAGAUCCUUAUUUGAAAGAGCUUUUUGUAAAUCGUACAACGGGUACAUUUUAUAAAGCCGGUACAAUUAUUCGACCAAAGAAGUUAUGCGAAACCAUGAGAAUAGUCGCAGAAAAAAAUGCGACGGAGUUUUACAAUGGGACCUUAGGAAUGACGCUAGUUGAAGAUCUCCGCAAACGCGGAAGUAUUAUCACCUUCAAAGACUUAAACGAUUAUAGGGCCAAAUGGGAAGAUCCCGUAUCAACAGAAUUAUAUGACGGUACAAAGGUCUAUACUCCAGGUCUUCCUGCAAGUGGUGGAUUGCUAUCGCUCAUUCUAAACGUUUUUGACGAGUUUCAUUUUACACCAAAUGACUUAGCUAAUACGAGUUCUACAAUAAAAACAUAUCAUAGGAUGAUAGAAACUUACAAGUACGCUUAUGCCCUUCGAACUGAAUUGGGGGAUGUGAAGCUACCCGAGCUAUUUAAAAAUUUAACGUCAAAAGACUACGCUCGUUCGAUAAGGAUGAUGAUAAGAGAUAACAGAACGUGGGAAGAUCCUGUUCAUUAUGGAGCACCAAAUUUUACGAACCCGGACGAUCACGGCACAGCACAUAUUUCGGUCAUCGCUGCAAACGGUGAUGCUGUGUCCGUUACAAGUAGCAUUAAUAUGUACUUUGGAAGUGGUGUAGCAAGUGAAAAUACGGGAGUAUUGAUGAACAGCGGAAUGGACGAUUUUGGUGUGCCAGGCCUUUUAAGCUAUUUCGGUAUACCGUCCAAUCCAAACAAUUAUAUUGCGCCAGGAAAGAGGCCAUUGUCAUCAAUGAGUCCAACGAUUUUUGUGGAUAAUAAUGGAGAUGUCAAAAUGACAAUAGGAGCUGCCGGUGGCACCAAGAUUACUACAUCAAUUCCCUUUGUGAUAGCGAGACACUUAUGGAUGGGCAACACGGUUAAGGAAGCGGUGGACGCGCCGCGAAUACAUCACCAGCUUUACCCGAUGGAGGUGUCCUACGAGUACGGAGUGCCAAAACCGGUAGUUGACGGACUGAAGGCCCUUGGCCACAAGACUUCGCGUUACAGGGGCCGCGGUAGUGUCAUAUGUCUGCUCGUCAGGGUUAACAACACCAUCUACGCCAACGCUGAUCACCGGAAAGGCGGAGAUGUCUAUGGUAUCGAUUGAGAGGGGUCUUUAUUGCUACAACAGUCACGACAAAAAUCUCACAUUCUUACGUCGAGAGACAAAUCUUAAUCGAAUCAACUGAUGCCUGCGAGUUUGAUUGGACUUCUCAUUGUCUUGAUUCUGUAAUGUUUAACUUUUGGAAGCGAAUAAACAAGAUUGGAUUUGACAAAAGAUUCAAUUAACUUACGUUUGA